CGCGGGGUCACUACGGGUCAAUGAACCCUAGUGGGCGGGGUCGACAAGAUGGCUGCCGUAGCGAAGGUAGACGCGGACGGGUAUCCAACCUUCCAGCUGGGAAAACCCAGGUUUGAUCAGUCGACAUUUUGGGGGAGGUACAGACAUUUUCUGGAUGUCAUCGACCCACGAACGUUGUUCACAACAAAGGCAGGCCUGUCGGAGGCCAGCCAGCUGUUGGAGGAUUACAGGAAUGGAAAUCUACCUGAGGGGGUCAGUAACAAACAGUUGUGGGAGGCUCAAAAGAUCAAAACAGCUAUUCUUCAUCCAGACACAGGGGAGAAAAUUUUCAUGCCAUUCAGAAUGUCAGGAUUUGUGCCUUUUGGAACUCCAAUUGUUGUAGGCAUGCUGCUCCCCAACCAGACUAUGGCUACCACCAUAUUUUGGCAGUGGAUAAACCAGACCCACAAUGCCUGUGUCAACUAUGCCAACAGAAAUGCAACAAAGCCUACUCCUGUGUCCAGGUUUGUCCAGGGUUACCUAGGAGCUGUCACUUCAGCUGUAGGAAUCGCUGUUGGUUUGAAUGUCCUGGUGAAGAAGGCGCGUGGCUUCAGCCCCACCACAAGGAUGGUGGUGCAGAGGUUUAUACCAUUCCCUGCUGUAGCCACAGCAAAUGUGUUCAACCUGGUACUAAUGAGGAACAAUGAGAUGAGGGAGGGCAUUGAUGUCACUGACAAGGAAGGACACCUAGUGGGCACAUCCAAAACUGCAGCCAAACACGCAUUGUUUGAGACUGCUGUGAGUCGUGUGGUCAUCACUGCUUUGGUUACUGGCAUUCCUCCUGCCAUUAUGCUGCCUUUGCAGAGGACAGCGUGGCUUCUGGCUCGACCCAGGAUGGUGAUGCCCAUGCACGCUGUCGUCUGUACAGCAGCCUUUGGGUUUGCCCUGCCCAUUGCUAUUGCACUGUUCCCACAGUACUCAGAGAUUUCUACCUCCAAACUUGAACCUGAGAUUCAGGCUGCCACCCAGGAGUUAACUGUCAUCUACAACAAGGGGCUGUAGUGCCAGCUUCCCUGUGUUUGGACCCAGACUGCACAUGUAAGAUGACUUUGAUUCAUCAUUCCAGUCAGUAUAAGUCUACCACAUCACUAAACUGCAAAGUAAGCAAGGCUGAGACAUCAUUCAUUGGAAUUUUCCUAUGGAAAGGGACAAUGACAGGACGUAUAAGGUGCAAUAUCUACUAGUCUUGAAAGACAAACUCAAGUUUCUGCUGUUAUGGCAAAAUCAUUUGAAAAUCAGGUGUGCCAUAUAAGUUACAAUGUACCAUGUGUGCCUUUGGAAGUUGCAUCUAUUGUCCUGUACCAGAUUUCAAUCAUAGGCUCUGUACACGUAGCUUGUUUGUUUUUACAUGUAUGUGGAAACCAUAUGCCAUCCAACAAUUUGCAAAAUACCACAGCAGGAUCAUAAUAUGUAUAUAUUUGUCAUGUACAUGUAUUUGUUAUUGAUACAUUAUAUGGAUGUAUACUCUGUUAUUUUAGAUGCAUUUUAGUGGAAGUAUUUAUAUAUCUGUCCUACAAAUAUCUCAAUCAUAGCUUGCUGGAGGACAAAAUAGUGGAAGAGUCAAAGAUUUUGUACCUGUACACAUUAAAUAAACACAAUGUUACAAAAUGUUUUAAAAUACACAAAUCCUUGGAUAGCAAAUCAUGCCUGCCAAACUAAAAUUCAAAGUAAAAAAAAAGAAAUAAAGCAAAAGAAAUAGUUAGAUUUGAAGAAAGGUAUGAUAGAGAAGGUGAGAAGGUGAAUGUGUUGUAAUGGAUAUUUUAUAUGAUUUGUUUACAAUGAUGGCAUUUUAUAGUGUUUUGUUGUAGUUGAUAAUCAGGGACUAAUAGCAUAAUGUAAUAUAUGAUGUAAAUGUUGCAAAACCAACACUAUACAAAAUAAGGAUUUCCAUUGUACAUGUGAGUUAUCAAAGCCUGGCUGAAGGGUGAUUUUAUGAACAUCCCUUCUAGACAACAGGGUCCAGUGCAAGAGAAGUGGGAUGGAAGCUUGUUUUUCUCCAAGGUCAUUUUACAGCAUUCCCACUUACUGAUAGUUUGAUGGCAAUUGUUAUAUAUUUAUUAGAAAAAGAAAAUGGUGCUCUUUCUUCUCAAGUUAUUAUUGCAUGCAUAUGUGUUGUGGCCUCAGGAUGUAUCAUGUUCGUUUAUAGUAUGGCGGGUGACUAUACAGUAUGGCAUGAUCAUUAAAUCCAGUAUCCAGAAUUAA